AUGAACACUGCAGACAGUGAAUGUGGUAUCAUAGACACAGUCACACCACCUUCUUUAUCAGCAGCUUCAGGUCCAUGUUUCCGCAGUCCUGCAGUGCGGUCUCUGGGCUGCUCCGCCACAGGCAAGGCAGAAGUGCAUGUUGAUACAGUAAAUGAAGUAGAGGUCAGCUUCAGGUAUGCACAAACUAGGCACCCACUGGCCACCUUUUUCCACCUGUUUUUCCGAGUGAGUGCUAUUAUUACCUACUUGUUCUGUGACUGGUUCAGCAACAGUUUUGUUGCCUGUUUUGUCACUAUUCUCCUUCUUCUAUCCUUUGACUUUUGGUCAGUUAAGAACGUGACAGGAAGACUCUUAGUUGGUUUGCGUUGGUGGAACCAGAUUGAUGAAGAUGGAAAAAGCCACUGGGUGUUUGAAGCAAAAAGGGUGCCUACAGUAGCUGCCUCAACUGAAGCUGAAGCUCGAAUCUUUUGGCUUGGCCUCAUUAUCUGUCCAGUUAUUUGGACAAUGUUUUUCUUUAGCACCUUGUUCUCCUUGAAGCUGAAAUGGCUGGCUCUUGUGAUAGCUGGGAUCUCCCUUCAGACUGCUAAUUUAUAUGGCUACAUCCACUGCAAAGUAGGGGGACAAAAAAGCAUCAGCAGAGUAACUUCAAGGUUUUUUGUCACAGCAGAUGUUCCCAAGAGACAGGCAAGGAGGAUUUCAGGAGGCCACAUUGAAGUACAUGGGAAGACAGGCACUAGAUAAUGAAAUAAAGAACUAAAAGGAUGAGCAGUAAAAAAUACUCAUUUAUGAAAGCUGUUCUUCAUAUGAAGGUAUUUAAGUAAAGCACUUCUACAAUUAUACCU